AUGACAAAGUCCAAUGAAACAACAGCUACCAGCUUGAAUGCAAAAACUCUCAAGAGUUUUCAAUCCACCCUUCCAAUACCAACUUACCCCAGAGAAGGCGUUAAACAGGGUAUUGUUCAUCUGGGUGUUGGUGCAUUCCAUCGUUCCCACUUGGCCGUUUUCAUGAACCGUUUGAUGCAGGAUCACAGCUUGAAGGACUGGUCAAUAUGUGGUGUUGGCUUAAUGAAGGCAGAUGCCCUUAUGCGCGAUGCUAUGAAAGCCCAAGAUUGUCUAUACACAGUUGUAGAGCGCGGUAUCAAGGAAACCAACGCUUACAUUGUCGGUUCCAUCACCGCAUACAUGUACGCACCCGAUGAUCCAAGGGCUGUCAUCGAAAAGAUGGCCAACCCAGAUACACAUAUUGUUUCUCUAACCGUUACCGAGAACGGUUAUUACCAUAGUGAAGCAACAAACUCGUUAAUGACCGAUGCUCCGGAAAUUGUCAACGAUUUGAAUCAUCCAGAGAAUCCUGCCACUCUCUACGGUUACCUAUAUGAGGCUCUAUUGCUGCGUUACAAGAAAGGCCUCACUCCCUUCACCAUUAUGUCCUGUGACAACAUGCCUCAAAACGGUAUCACAGUCAAGGCUAUGCUUGUUGCGUUUGCCAAGUUAAAGAAGGAUGAGAAGUUCGCUGCCUGGAUCGAAGAGAAGGUUACUUCUCCUAACUGUAUGGUUGAUCGUGUCACACCACGUUGCACUGACAAGGAGCGCAAGUACGUCACUGACACUUGGGGAAUUAAGGACCAAUGUCCCGUUGUUGCAGAGCCUUUCAUCCAAUGGGUUCUUGAAGACAACUUUUCUGACGGCCGUCCUCCUUGGGAACUUGUCGGUGUUCAAGUUGUCAAGGAUGUCGAUUCCUAUGAACUGAUGAAAUUGCGUCUGCUUAACGGUGGGCACUCAGCCAUGGGAUACCUUGGAUACUUGGCCGGUUACACCUAUAUACACGAGGUCGUCAACGACCCAACCAUCAACAAGUACAUCCGUGUUUUGAUGCGUGAGGAAGUCAUCCCAUUGUUACCUAAGGUGCCAGGCGUGGAUUUCGAAGAAUACACUGCGUCUGUGUUGGAGAGAUUCUCCAAUCCAGCAAUUCAGGACACCGUUGCACGUAUCUGUUUGAUGGGCUCAGGUAAGAUGCCCAAGUACGUUUUACCUUCGAUCUACGAGCAGUUGCGCAAGCCUAACGGCAAGUAUAAGUUGUUGGCAGUGUGUGUGGCUGGAUGGUUCCGUUAUUUGACCGGUGUCGACAUGAACGGCAAACCAUUCGAAAUUGAGGACCCCAUGGCAGAUACCUUGAAGGCUGCUGCUGUUAAGGGUGGUAAGGAUCCUCACGAGCUACUUAACAUCGAGGUCCUUUUCAGCCCUGAAAUUCGUGAUAGCAAGGACUUUGUUGCGCAAUUGACUCACUCGCUAGAAGUUGUUUAUGAUAAAGGACCACUUGCCGCUGUGAACGAAGUUCUAGACCAGGUGUAA